CCUCCUUUUUUGAUGAGGAUGUCGGUGAUGAUCCUGCGGUGUUUCGGUAUAGGUGGAGGGUCUCCGAACGCUUUGCUUCACAUUGUGUUACAGGAUCUAAUAGCCGUGGUGGGAGCAACCAUUGGUGCCAUGCGUAUUCCUGAAAAAUGGAUUCCAGGCAAAUUAGAUUUGGCGUUGAAUUCUCACAAUUUGAUGCACGUGUUGGUCGUUCUGGCUGUGUGUUCGAUGCAUGCGGCGACUCUUCAAGAUCUUGCUUGGAUGUCGGAUCCGUCUGCGUGUAACGAAACGAGCUCCGUCGAGUUGAUGCACGAUGAACUGUGAUUGAAUAUUG